AUGCAAUCUGCACUUAUUGGGCUUAACGUUCCAUUGCAACGACGGUUUUUGUCAGGAAUUCUUCCAUCCGCAACCAGAUGCUAUUCCACUGACACCAAAAAAUACGAAUGCACUUCUGCGGAGCACAAAAAAGAGCUCGAUGAGUGCUAUCAACGCCUGGAUUUGUCAUUUGAGAAUACGAAAGAGGCGUUUAAAAGCAAAUCCAACACAGAGCUCAUCCGUGCUCUCGUCGUCCUCCGACUAUGCGGAGUUCAAACCCUUGUCAACCAGAAUCAAAUGAUUCUCGCCACAAUGCGACGAGUCCUCGGCAAAAAUUUGUUCAAGAAAACGCUCAAAAACACAUUCUACGGACACUUUGUCGCCGGUGAGACCGAGGAAGAAGUUCGACCAGUGGCUGGAAAAUUAAGGAAGUACGGUGUGAAAUCCAUUUUGGACUACUCGGUUGAGGCGGAUAUUUCGGGACAAGAGGCGACGGAUAAGACAGUUAAAGGGACAUCGCAGGCUACUGUGAAACCAGCGGCAAUGACACCAGUGGUGGACGCGAAGACGCUGGAAACGACACGCGAACGCUACACGGUUCAUCAAGAGUUCGGUGAUCGGCGGCAGGGUGUGGCUAGUGCGAGAACCUAUUUCUACGAAGGCGAGGAGCAGUGUGACAAGAAUCGUGACAUCUUUAAGCAAUCCAUCGACGCCGUGGCGUCAGCCACAGGAAACGAGGGAUUCGUGGCAGUGAAGGUGACGGCGUUGGGACGUCCUCAACUGCUUCUGAAGCUUUCGGAAGCCAUUGUUCAGACUCAAAACUUUUUCCAAGCAUUGACAGGAGGAAUGACACUUCAGGAGGGUAGAUUGUCGGUGAAGGAUUUGACUAAGAGAUUGCAUGACCUCGGUGUGAAAACAGACACAGAGAGUGUCAAGAAAUUCUUCCACGACGUUGACUUUGAUUCGGAUGGUGUUGUCGAUCUCCAUGGAUGGAAUCAGCUUCUCGAGGAUCAUGUGAAACUUGGACAACUGUUUCAAGUGUUGAAUAUCAAGACCGGAGCCCUGGAGCCUUUGAUCCAGAACUUGUCGGAGGCGGAGGAGCAGGAAUUCCGAAACAUGGUUCGACGAACUUUGGAUGUUGCCGAGUAUGCCAUUUCCAAGGGUGUCAGGAUUAUGGUGGACGCUGAGCAGACGUAUUUGCAACCGGCAAUUUCGAAGAUUACUAUUGAAAUGAUGAAGAAGUACAACAAGGAUCGUGGAAACGUGUUCAACACCUAUCAAGCCUAUCUCAGGUGUACCCUUCAAUGCAUGGAGGCUGAUAUGCAAGUUGCCAGACGAGAGGGAUGGCACUUUGGCGCCAAACUUGUCCGUGGAGCGUAUAUGGAACAGGAGAGGUCUAGAGCUAAAGCAAUUGGAUAUGAGGAUCCGGUUAAUGUUGAUUUCCAGGCCACCACAAAAAUGUACGAAUCAUGCCUAACCCGAAUCGCCGAUGAGGUUGAUCGACGUGGCCGAACGAAUGUGUCGGUGAUGGUUGCCAGCCACAACGAGGAUACGGUACGAUUCGCGGUCAAUUUGAUGAAGGAACGAUGCAUCGCACCGUCGGAACGGGUCAUGUGCAUGGCACAGUUGUAUGGAAUGUGUGAUCAGGUAUCAUUCUCAUUGGGUCAAGCCGGUUUCUCAGUCUACAAAUAUCUACCAUAUGGACCAGUGGAAGAAGUGUUACCGUACCUGAGCAGACGUGCGCUGGAGAAUGGAAGUGUGCUGAAAAAGGCGAAUAAGGAGCGUGAUCUCUUGUGGAAGGAGCUUAAACGACGAAUCUCAUCUGGCGAAUUCAAAGUUCGCACUUAA